UAUGCUUAAACUACUUUUCUUUUCCCAUUUCUUCGCCGUUACACGUUAGAAGUAUCGUUCCCUCCCGCUCUCCAUUAACGCAUUCAUCGUUGACAUUACAAAAGCUCUUCCAAAGCUUGUCAAGGAUCUGCAUUCCACGCGGCAACCUUCAAACAAUUCUCUCUCUAAGCUCUACGAAAAAAUUCAGUCUCUCCCUCUCUGAACUAGUACUCUUGAGAUGGAGGGCAAAGUGAUCUGUGCUUCAUGGAUCCGAAGACCGGGAGAGACCGCAGUCGUUCUUGGAAAAUCUGGAUCAACCCCUUCUCUCCAAUUCUAUUCCUUCAAUUCGCAGAACAGUUCCCUCUCUCUCAUGGCUGAGCAUAUUUGUGAAGAGGGUGACCCUCUCAGUGUAACCGUUAGUGGAAACGACCUUGUUUACUCCACUCGUCAUGGUUGCGUAUGGCUUGAGUUGUAUGGUCGCGAAUCAAAUGUCAAUGUUAUUGCGAAAGAUCUUCCUUCUCUCCAAGGCAUUGGGCUUCAGAAAUGUCUUGCGUUUAGUGCAGAUGGCUCUAGAUUUGCCGCUGGUGGGGAGGAUGGGCAUCUUCGAAUUUUCGAGUGGCCAAAUCUACGCAUACUUUUGGAUGAGCCAAAUGCUCAUAAGUCUUUUCGAGAUUUAGACUUCAGCUUAGACACAGAGUAUUUGGCUUCAACAUCCACUGAUGGUUCUGCAAGAAUAUGGAAAACAAAUGAGGGAGUCCCAUUAACUUCUUUAACACGUGACUCGGGUGAGAAAAUUGAGUGUUGUCGGUUUUCAAGAGAUGGAACUAAACCGUUUCUCUUCUGCACUGUUCAAAAGGCUGGGGGCAAAGUGGUAACUGCAGUUUGGGACAUCAGUACUUGGAAUAGAUUGGGGCAUAAAAGACUAUUUGGAAAGCCUGUCUCUGUGUUGUCUAUCAGCUUAGAUGGAAAAUACCUUGCACUGGGAAGCUAUGAUGGAGAUAUUUGUGUUGUUGAAGUAAAGAAAAUGGAAACAUGUCAUCUAAUUAGAAAGGUGCAUCUUGGUGCAUGUAUUUCAACAGUGGAGUUCUGCCCCAGUGAGAGAUCGGUGCUGUCCAUAUCAAGUGAAUGGGGAGCAGUUAUCACAAAGCUCAAGGUGCCAGCAGAUUGGAAAGAUUGGCAGGUAUACUUAGUACUGCUGGGCCUUUUCUUGGCUUCAGCUGUUCUUUUCUAUAUAUUUUUUGAGAAUUCAGAUUCAUUUUGGAAUUUCCCUCUUGGGAGAGAUCAACCUGCAAAGCCUUCAAUUCAAGCCAUCUAUGGUGAGCAGUCAGCAGAUGACGUGUGGUGAACCAUUGGAACCAUAUGUGGGGUUCGCAUCAGCAAAUUUGUGACUUCCUUCCCAUGCAUUCAUUGGAAAUGAGCAACAUUGAGCUUUGCAGACUAUUUUUGGUUAGCUAUUUAUUGUUUUAGUGAUGUGUAUCAAAAAUCGAUAAAUUAUUUGUCUGGGGUCAAAGCUUGUCGAUUUUGAAGUUGUUCAUCUCUAUUGUUGUCGUAACACAGAUAUUUUGUGAUCUUUAUGUUUUGUGCACCGGGCCAAUUUCUGACUUAGAAUUCCAGCAUCCUCUUUUUUUUGAGAUAUCGGGGACCUCUUUUGUACUUUUCAGGGAAUAUAGAGUGCCUUUUGUGAAUUA